CUCCCCUAAACCCUAGCUUCUCCACCACCGCCACAAGAUACUUUUUGAAUAUCCCUGUCUUAACAGCUUCUCCCCUAAACCCUAGCUUCUCCACCACCGCCACAAGAAUUGCCGCCGUUCGUCGCUCUCAGGCAUACCAUCGUCGUCUGGUCGUCCGUGCUUCAUCCUCCUUCAAGAAUCGCAGCUUCUUCUUCCUCGACCUCGGCGCGUCAGUUCCUGGUAUUCAUCUGCUCCAUCGCGCUCCUGCCGCCGUCCGUCGGGCGCUCAGUCACCAUCGUCUUCGUCUGGUCGUCGCAGAUUCUUCCAACCCACCACCGUCUUCUGAGUUGUGUUCGUCGCCUGGCCUCUGUCUCCGUCACGAUUCUACCCCCCUCUUCUCAGACUGCUCAGUAGAAAAACCCAUCUCCAUUCCAGUUUCCUUCCUUCGAGUUCAAAGAGCAGAAGCUCAACCAAGAAAAAAACCUUAGACUUCCACGGUCAGUAUGUACCCGAAGCCAUGCAUCAUAUCCCUCCAACUCCUUCCAUGGCUGCUGCAAGAGAAGAAGCUGAGAAUGUUAUGUUUGGUGCUUUGGAUAAUCUCUCUGCUAAUACAAAGAUUAAGCCUAAGGAUAUUGGUGUUCUUGUUGUGAAUUGCAGUUUGUUUAACCCAACUCCUUCACUUUCUGCAAUGAUUGUGAACAAGUACAAGCUUAGGGGUAACAUUAGAAGCUUCAAUUUGGGUGCUAUGGGUUGUAGUGCAGGAGUUAUAGCCAUUGAUCUUGCUAAGGACAUGCUUCAAGUUCAUAGGAACACUUAUGCUGUUGUUGUUAGCACUGAGAACAUUACUCAGAAUUAUAGUCAUUUAUCAGCUAUAUAAUCACUGCAAUCUUGUAUAAAUCUGACUAUAGUUACUGUUUUUCUAACUAUGGCUACUGACAAUGUUGCUUCUUAGGCUUAUCUGUGGAUUACAACCACAUACACAGAGAGUAGAAAAGGUGGUGGGGAUUGGCUUUCAACCUGGACUAGACCCAGGAAAGAUUGUUAGUGCUUCUCAGGCUGGAGAUAUUCAAUUCCUUGAUAUAAGAAAUCAUAGUAGCGCCUAUCUUACCAUUGAAGCUCACCGGGGCCCACUCACAGCUUUAGCUGUACGUAGACACGCUCCAAUCAUUGCCAGUGGCUCAGCCAAGCAACUUAUUAAAGUUUUCAGCCUUGAAGGAGAUCAACUAGGCACUAUUCGAUACUAUCCAGUCCUACCCUUAUGGCUCAGAAAAUUGGGUCUGUCAGCUGCCUUAAUUUCCACCCAUACCAAGUCUUGCUUGCUGCUGGUACUGCAGAUGCAUGUGUCUGUAUCUAUGCUGAUGAAAACACUCAAGCAAGAUGAAUCUACAGUUGUUGUCCCUCACCCCCCUUCUCUUGAUUUCAUUGGUUGUCUCCAGCUCAGAAGAGUGCAUGAUACAUGUCUAAGGAAAGCCAUGCUUAUUUCUUGCUGUUGGAUGAUCAUGCAAUACCUCGGCCAAUGAGAUAGUUUGGUGGUUGGGUAAUUAAAACCUGUUACUACGCUUCAUUGCCGCUGUGAAUAAAUCUGAAACAUACUGGUAAGGUGAAUUUCUGCUGAAUUGCUGGUAGUGUAUGCAACUCAUUCAUUAGCCUCCAUGUUAGAAGGGCUCCAUGUUAGAAGGGCUGCACCUGACUGGGAGUAAUCAUGCGUAUUUAUUGGAGGCUUUGUCAAAUAAUAUGAUCUUCGUAAAUGUGUGUAAAUAAUUUUGUUUAUUAUUAUUUUCCAUUCCAAUGUUGUGUUAUAUCCCAAUCCGCCUUUAAUUUGUAAAUUGUUAGCAGAAUAUGUAAUUUAGUUUGCUGUGGGUGGUGUGACUGCUGAGAACUGAGGCAUAUUCACUCAAAUAUAAUCUUCGAAUUCGGGGAAACCUUGCCAUGGUGUAAUUUCAUUCAAGUUUGAGCCAGUGUGCUGUUUUAGUACGAGACUAAAAUUUCAGAA